GCUUCCCCCCUUUGGUGCCUCCUGCCUCGGCCUGGCUGCGCCCCCACGGCCCCACCUGAUCGCCUGAGCCAUCGCCUUCCUCCGCCCCACCUCUCUCCGCCGCCGCCGCCGCCGCCGCCUCCGGGAGACCGGGACCCGAUCACGCGCGCAGACACCACGCGCGGCCGGCUGCACCCCGUCCCUCCGUCGUACUACGCCGCUUCUGCUCCGCCCCCUCCGGUUCAAGGGAGAUUUAGGGCGGAGGGGGACCUGAGGAGUGUCGGCCAUGCCGGGAGGGGAGGACGUCCGCAAGGUCUCGCGGCAGGACAUACAGCUUGUCCAGAAUCUCAUUGAACGUUGCCUUCAGCUCUAUAUGAACCAGAAAGAAGUGGUUGAUACUCUAUCUUUGCAGGCAAAAAUAGAACCUAGUUUCACUGAACUUGUGUGGCAGAAACUUGAGGAAGAGAAUCGUGAGUUUUUUAAGGCAUACUAUGUCAGGCUAAUGCUUAUGAAUCAAAUAGUAGCCUUCAAUAAGCUCCUUGAGCAGCAGUAUCAAAUUAUGAGUAAAGAUCAUCCUUCUGGAGUACCUUCUAUGCCUCCCACUGCUCCUAAUGGCUCAAACUCUAGCGCAUUGAACCAAAAUGUGCCCUUUCUGCCAGACACUAUCCCCAGUACUGCAAUGCAAGAUAGCUUGCUGCGUAAUGGAGGUUCUAGUGGUAUAGUAAAUGGUGCUGCAUCCAGUGACCAAUUUAUCUAUGCCAGUAAAGUUGUUCAUGGCCUCCCUAGUGGCAUGGAUGCUUCAUCAAGCCUGCUAGCAGCACAUAAUUCUACUGUUGGGCAGUUUAAUGGACACAAUGGAACAACAAUAAAGACAGAGGCUGGCUACUCGGGCAGCUCAGAUUUUGCAUUCGGCAAUGAGAAUGUGUUCCUAGAGCAGUCAAUUGGAGAUGUAUCAGGAGGAUCUUUUAGCAGUUCUGAGUUGAAUGGACCACAAUUAGGAGAUCCAAUUUUGGAUGUGGAACCACCUUCGUUUGGUUUCUUGAGCCAGAUCCCUCGUAAUUUCAGCUUUUCGGAUUUGACAGAGGAUUUCAGCCAAAGUGCAGAAAUACUAGAGAAUUAUGGCCGAUCCCCUUUUAUUCCUUCUGAGACAAACAACUUCCCAGAGUCUACCACUGGAGAGCAUACAGAAAUAGGAAAUAGGCGGCUAGAUACAAUAUCUGAGGGUGUUAAUUUUGAAGAUUUUGGAAGUGAUUAAUCAGCCUGCGAUGGCAUUGCAUGAGGUUGAGCAGUGAUGCACCAUUUGUACAUACUAUUUUGGGCAGAACAAUAUCUACAAUUGUGGUCAAGGAACUAGCUGAUUUGGCAGAAACUGUUUCUUAUUCGGUUUUAGGUUCUGUGCUUUUCUAGACUGCAAGCAUGGAUGACUUGUAUGAAACCUUGUCAGACCCAAUAAUCUGUUAUCUAAGGAUGCAAAAAGUCUCUGCUCUUAUGUUCGCUGAUGAUUCUGUGGCAGUAACCUGUAUUUGUUCAGUUGUUAAGGUACAAUUAGCUGUGGUGGAAGCUCUAUGUUAACAUAAACGUUAUCCUUAACUUGUCCCUGUUGCACAUAUAUCUGUCAUGUUUCUUGUUUGUUA